AAGAUCAAAUUAUAGGAAUUCCUAAUUAUGGUUAACUCGUCUUGAGAGGGAGAGAGGGGCGAAGGAAGGAGAGACUGCUGCUACUUGCCGCCAUCUACUCCGCUUUAUUGCUCUCUCUAAGAAUCCAUCCUAACUCACGCGAUUUCCAACUCUAAGUGAAGUCUGCAUCUUGAGAUUUCAUAUUGAUUGCCGAGACUUUUUUAGAAGCUUCUUCAAUCUGCAAUUCAAUCUUCUGGAUAAUGCGUAAAUAAAAUUAUCUUCAUUCAAUCUUCAAAUAAAAUGCUGCCAGGCAAACCCGGAGGAGGAGGCCAAACCCCUAGUCGGUUUGAGUUGCUGAGUAUGGUGAAGACACACUCAAAGUUCUUAGGGAAAACCAUUCUUGAGGAGGAAGAGCCAUCAGAUGUGGAAAUGGAUCCACUGUUCUGGCAUGAAGUGCUGGAUUUGUAUUUCAUAUGUGGCAAGGAACCCAGAGGCCGCCAGGAGGAUGAUCUUGUAUUCUUCGUUCGAAAAAUGAGUUUCCAAGGAUAUGAAUCCAACAACAAUAGUGAAGAAAAUUCUCCUUACUUUGUACGGAGGUGGGCUCCCAAGUUGGACGAUUUACUUGGUGAGAACUUGGUAAAUGUGGAUUGGAGGCGCUCAUUUUACUUGAACUUGAUUGCUCAUACAACUUUCAGUGUGACUGUAGCAAUUUGCAGUCAUGAGGCCCUUAAAACUUACCAAACUGGCAAAGACAAACCGUUGUCUCCUAUAUACAAGGUUGUGAAAACUGUUUACGCAUCUCCAAGUCGUAUUAAUUUUCAUUUGGACUCAAGAAAGGAAGUGGAAACAGCUCCUGCAUAUCCAGAUAUAUGUUUUGCAGUUGAUGAUUUUGAUUCUACAUUUGAUGCAGUGGUUUUGACAGAUGUAGAUCAUUGCUAUUGUGUCGUUCUAAAUGCACAUGAUGGGGCUGCAUUUCCCACUGAAAAGAAACUUCAAGGUCAGAGUAACAUAUGUGAUUCUCCAAAAAGCGAAGCAAGUGCUGAAAAGACUAAGAGUUCAAAGAUCACUCUAUUCUCGGGUUUCGUUAGCUAUCAGAUGGUCCGAGACGCCUAUGAUGCUGGAAGGACUGGAUUUGGGAGUCUUCUUUCACUUCAUUCAUCAGGGAAAACGGACAGGAUUUACAUGAAAGGCCCAGGAGGACGUGGGGAAGUGGAAGUAGCUGUUUCUGGCGUUGUAGAUCAAAGCAAACACGAAUACAGCCAACACUCCUCUAAUAAAGGACUAAGCUUCAGUGCAGUCGUUCGAAGGGCAGCAUCGGCUGCAUCAGUUGCAGCAAAGCAUGCUUAUGCUGCCGCUUCUGCAACUGCACGGAGUUCAGACGAAGAAGGGGAGAUGACCCCACUAAAGUGCUGCUUGAUGUCAGUAUCGUUGCCCUGGGAGCACAUUUCUCAUGAUCUUCUCCUCAAGGGAAGUCCCCCGGUGAAUUUGUAGGAAUAAAGAUGGUGUGAUCUGCUUGUGUAUACAGUAUUACACUUCUCAUGUAUGAGUAUUAUUUAUUACUGCGUACUCAAUAAAUUAAGGUUACUUAG